AUGAGCUUCACUGGAAAGUAUGAACUCCAGUCCCAUGAAAAUUUUGAACCUUUUAUGAAAGCCCUUGGGCUCCCCGAUGAUCAGAUUCAGAAGGGCAAGGACAUCAAGAGCAUCUCAGAAAUCGUGCAGGAUGGGAAAAAGUUCAAGUUCACCGUGACCACCGGCAGCAAAGUGCUGAGUAACGAGUUCACCAUCGGGGAGGAGAGUGAGAUGGAGAUGCCGGGGGGAGAGAAGGUCAAGGCUGUUGUGCAUAUGGAAGGUGACAAUAGGCUGGUGGCAAACAUGAAAGGGCUAAAAUCUGUCACUGAACUCAACGGAGACAUCAUCACCAGUACGCUGACCUUCGGAGAUCUCAGCUACAAGAGAAUCAGCAAGAGAAUCUAG